AUGGGCGACGAGGCGAAGCCCAAGGUCAAGGUGCGGCCGCACAUGCGCAAGCCGCGCGUGAAGCUCAACUUUUCGCGGAACAUGGCCGGUGCGUCGGCCGGAGGUGAUGGCCCCAAGACGAAGCCGUACAUGCAAGGCUAUGACCGCGAGCUCGACAGCGAGGACGAGGACUCGGGCGAGGGGAUGGCGUUUGAGGAGCAGCUCAUCCUGCGCCUGCCCGAGGGCCCUGGCGUGGAUGGCGAGCUGGACGAGCUGCGCAAGACGAUCAAGAAGCGGGGCACACUGCCAGACACUUGGUUCAAGUUCAAGGACUCGCGCCGCGCCAUCUUUCACAUUGGCGGCCAGCCGUACUCGGCCAAGAUUGUGGAUUUGCCGUGCAUCGUCGAGUCGCACAAGACGCUCGACAACAAGCAGAUUUUCAAGAUCGCCGACAUCUCACAAAUGCUCCUGGUGGAGCAUGCGGUGGCGAACGAGGGCGAGGCCGUCGAGGCGUCCUCGUCGCGCGACGCGACCGGCAAGAGCGGCUUCCACGGCGACGACUAUAUAUACCCCCACGGCAUCACGCCGCCGAUGCAGUGGGCGCGCAAGCGCCGCUUCCGCAAGCGCAUCCACAACCGCGGCAUCGACAUGGUGGAAAAAGAGGUCGAGAACCUCUUGAACGACGACCGCCGCGCGGAAAGGGUCGAGUUUGAAUACGUCGACCCCUCCGAGGCGGAUUUGAUCGAGGAGGAGAUUGCGAAUACCAAGUACGAGUACGGCGCCGAAGACGACGAGCACGCCUCGUCGCAACAACACGACUCGGGCGACGAAGAGGACCACCAGGCGAUGGAUGGCGAGGACGACGACGAGAACGUCGACCAGGACCUCGCUGCCGAGCUCGACGCGGCACUCGCUCGCGAGCACGGCGACGAGGGCGAGGAGGACAGCGCGUCGAACAGCGACAAUGACAAGGAGAGCGACGAGGGCAGCCGCGCCGACUCGGACCUCGAGGACCUCUGGGACGACGACGAGAACGAGGAGGAGGACGGAGAGCAGGACGCGGAACAGGAUGCGGAACAGGAUGCGGACAAGGACGAGGACGACGGCGAGGAAGAGGCCGAGCGCCGCGUGCGCGAGUCGCAGCUCGAGGCCGAGUGCCGCGAAAUCGAGACGCUGAUCCGCCGCAAGCAGACCGACAUCGACGCGACGCUCAACGCGCUGAUCAAGAGCCGCCACCAGCAGGCCCUGCGCAAGCUCCAGGUGGAGCUGGACCUGAAGAAGAAGCACCUGCUCGACAUCAAGCAGCUCCGGCGCACCAUCCGCGAGGAGCGCGCGGCAGAGGCCGAAGCCCGCGAAACAGCCGCGGCCGAGGCGCACAAGGCGCGCGAGGCACACAAAACCCUCGACGAGCCCGCCGAGCCCAGUCCGACCGAGCCCGAGAAAUAG